UUUAAAGAUUUUGUAUAGUACAAAAGGAUGUAAACCCCCAAAUUCACCGUUACAUGUCGUCCAGUUGUAAAACCGAUUGUCAAUACCUGUUCACUCUCUCUGUAUCGCCCUUUUCCAGCUCUCCCAAUGCCAUAGACGCCCACCACCGACAGCCCAGCAGCACCACCACCACAUCAGCACACUGGCAUCCGAAAUAACUGACACGCAUCCGUAUACGUAAUCUGUGAGCUUAAGAACGAGGAGGGAAAGCUUUCUGGAGCAGCAACCGGCGGCAGCUGGUCGGUGGAGGGUUCGCUCCGGUGUCUUUCGUUCCCGUUCAGCUCGAUUCAGUCGUCGAUUCACUGCCAAAGUGGUACCAGUUCCGUGUCCGUGAGUAGCGAGCAUCGUUUGCGUGUGCAGAGCAGAUUCACCGACGGCCCGACCAUGAGCCCCCUUCCCCGAGUCAACAUCGACGAGCCCAAGUAUGACCAGAACACAUAUAUUGGUCGGGCCAAGCACUUCUUCCUGGUCACCAAUCCGCUCAACGUGCUGGCAUCCAGCGCGAAGCUGGAGGAAGCCCGCCAGAUCGUGCUGAAGUACCGUGCCGGCAAGGAUGUGCCCGAGUGCCAGACAAUUGACGAUGUGUGGCGCGCCAAGUACCUGUACGACUCUGCCUUCCACCCGGAGACGGGCGAGAAGCAGAUAGUGUUCGGACGUAUGUCCGCCCAGAUGCCCAUGAACACGGUCAUCACUGGCGGCAUGAUGGCCUUCUACAAGAGCACCGGAGCUGUUGUCUUCUGGCAGUGGUUUAAUCAAACCUACAAUGCCGUUGUCAACUACACAAACCGUUCGGGCACGACACCGAUCAGCCAGCAGCAACUGGUGACUUCUUACUGCCUGGCCACCGGCGGAGCCCUGGCCACGGCGCUGUCGCUUAACAAGGCGGUGAGGAACAUGAAUCCGCUCCUGGGCCGCCUGGUGCCUCUCGUCGCCGUUGCGGCCGCCAAUUGCAUCAAUAUUCCCUGCAUGCGCAUGCAGGAACUGCGGAACGGAGUGGUGCUGUUGGACGAGAAUAACACCGAGAUGGGGGUGUCUAAGAAGGCGGCUGCUGUGGGUAUCUCGGCCGUCAUUCUAAGUCGGAUCGCCAUGGCCAUUCCCGGAAUGACCCUGACGCCGAUCCUGAUGAAUAACCUCGAGAAGCGGGGCUUCCUGGCCAGGUUCCCUCGCUCCAACGCCCCCAUCCAGACGCUCUUCUGCGGAUUCGUGCUGAUUUUCGCCACGCCGCUCGGCUGCGCCUUCUUCAAGCAGCGGGCGGGCAUCAAGGUGGACAACUUGGAGACCGAGGUUCGCGACAGCAUCAAGCAGAAGCGUCCCGAACUGGACACCGUGUGGUUCAACAAGGGCCUGUGAGUCCAGUGUGCAAUCCUCGAGCUUACAAAGACAAUAUCGUUUGGCCUGGCCUAUUUAUUUACUCACCACGCAUUUAUUAGCAUUUUGUCAGUUGAGUUUCGUUUGAAAUACUCAUGGGAAUACUUCUUGUCGCCCACGCACGAGUGUAAAAAAGAGAAGAAACCCAAAAUAAAUAUAUUUCUGUUAAAUUGAA